AUGCUAAAAGAUCGGACUUAUCAUGAUAUUUUCAACAAGUAUCACCUCAUGCCACAGCAACAUUUGUCUUCAUAUACUAAGAGCCUUAUUGAGCAUCAAUUGGAUACUCUCAAGGAGCCCUUAGUUUUAGAUGAACCGAUUUCUGAUAUGUUAUCAAACCACGCCCAUAGUGAUAAGAACACCCAAGUAAGCGAAUCUCAACUACAUGACGUACUCAACAAAGUCAAUGCAUCUAUGAACACCCGGUACAAUGAGAUAUUUACAUCUCAGAGGAAUGAUGAGGUGAUUAGCAGCAUCAUAGACGCCGAAUUUCAGAAACUAGCCAAAGUCGAUCGACAAAUAUUCAAGAUUUACCAUCAACUACAAUCCUUCGAAUUGUCUGGUUUCAAUAAGUUAGCCACAAAUGAUAAAAUGGUGAAGCUUCAAAGGUUGAGAGAAUUAAUUGAUGAGCUACCGAAGCCAAAGUACAUAUAUUUGUCAGACAUUGAGGGAAAUAUACAUCACAUGAACAAGAGACUGGAUGUAAUAAACGGUAAUAAUAGACGGGAAGAGGCACGCGAGUUGAAAAAGGACCGGGCGCGACCGGAACUAAGCGCACAAGAUCAGAAUUCAAGUUGCUUACUGUCGGAGUUGGAACAAGUGAAAUAUACUGAUGGAGAUAAGAGGUCUGAAUUGUUGCAAACAUACGCCAGUUUGAGAAACCAUCUAAUCACAUCGAGUAAGAUGUUACGUUACGAUUUUGAAAAGCUAGAAUAUCUACGAAGUUUAAAUACCAAGUUGGAGGAGACAUUUGACACAAAAAAUCGUAUUGCGGACGCAACAAGUAGCGACAACAACGGUACCAUCCCCGAUGACAAUCUACAAGAGGAAAUCAACCGGUUUAGGAUACUUGCUGAAAGAAUUGCAUAUAAGUCCAGCUUGAAAAAUCUUCAGAGUUCUUGA